AAGGGAAGAAAAGAACAGGGGCAGAUCUCUCGUCUAUAGCCCCCUGCAACAGAUUGCAGCAAAGAUGUGGCUCCUUCUUUCAUCAUCAGCCCUGUUGCUGCUCCACGCCCUUCCAUCGGCGGUGUCAUUCUACUCGCCCACGCUGCCGCCGCUGCCCGCGUCAUCGGUCCGGCGGCUCCGCGCCGGCACUCGCCACGUGCGGGCGUCGCUAUUCAUGCCGAGUGCGUGGCAGAGAGAUGUGGCCAGCAAGCUGAGGAUGGUGGCGCCGAGGGAGGGAGUGGACUUUCCGCCACUGAAUGGGAGCGACGUCAAGAUCGGCAUCAUCAAGACACGGUGGAACAAAGACAUUGUGGAUAACCUUGUCAAGGUGCAUGACCAGUGAGAUCACCAUCACUCAUGAGUGAAUGAGUGAUUCUCUCUCUGUCUGUGUUGUGGUGUGUUGUGGUGUGUUUUGUGCAGGGUGUGAAGGAGGGCUUGACUGAGUGCUCUGUGCCUGCGGAGAACAUUCUGGAAAUAGAAGUGCCUGGUGGGUGCCUUACUGACUCAAAGCGGCGCGUGGAUGGCUUCUUCAUUCAUUCGUUGAUUCAUGUGUGUGUGUCAGGUUCCUAUGAGCUGCCUCUCGCGACGCGUUUCCUGGCUUUGUCCAACCAGGUGGACGCCAUCGUGUCGAUUGGUGUGCUGAUCAAGGGCGACACACUGCACUUUGAGUACAUCGCCGAGAGCGUCUCAAACGGACUCAUGAACGUGCGAAACACACUGAUGCAGAGAUGGCCACAGACACGACACGCGCAGAAGUUUUCUCUCUCCCUCUCUCUGUGGGUGUGCGGGCCCUUGUACAGGUGCAGCUACAGACGAUGACGCCAACGGUGUUCGGCGUGCUGACGUGCCUCAACCUCAACCAGGCCAAGGAGCGAUCAUCAGGCCCCGACAACCACGGCAUUUCAUGGUCAGUCAGCCAUGAGUGACGUCUGACCACACCCACGCUCUCACUGGCACCUGCCUGGAUGCAUUGCUUGCUUGCAGGGGCAAGACGGCGGUUGAGAUGAGUGUGUUGAGGCGGUAUGCUCUUGGGCGAUACAGGAAGGGCUCCCUGGGCUUUGUCCCGACCGAGGAGAGCCCAGAAGGGGAGCCAAACAACCUGCCGGCCACCCCAUGGCCCACGCCUGACAAGAAGCGGAUAUUCUUUCAUUUCGAUGACUUUAGGCAGCAGGGCGGGUCGGGGGAUGCAUCGACAGAGAUGAGAUGAAGAAGGUGGUGGGAGAGGGAGGGAGGGGAGGGGGUUGUCUUUGUGCGCGAAAGGCGUGUGUGGAUUGGCUGGCGUGGAGUGAUCGUCUGGUAAAUGGAGGGGCAAAGUGAGUGGGCCCGCGAUGAAUGAGUGACUGACUGACGGCUCUUUUGAGGAGAGAGCACACCGUGACCUCGCUCACCGAGAAUGUGUUCUGACUGAACGCAGUAGAGAAUUGUCCAACAAAUGCGACGAGAAUGGAGACAAUUACACCCUGCAAACCC